UCUGCCACACUCAGCAUGGCGGCACUCCACCCCCGUUUCCGUAACUUCCGCUCGCGGCCGGAAGCGUAUGGCUCUUCGAGCAUGGCGGCAGCGCGGGUGAAGCAGGACAUGCCCCCGCCGGGGGGCUACGGCCCCAUCGAUUACAAGCGGAAUCUUCCCCGUCGGGGACUGUCGGGCUACAGCAUGUUUGCUGUGUGCAUUGGGGCCCUGCUCUUCGGGUACUGGAGCAUGAUGAAGUGGAACCGCGAGCGCAGGCGCUUGCAGAUCGAGGACUUCGAGGCCCGUAUUGCACUGAUGCCACUGCUGCAGGCAGAGAAGGACCGGAGGGUGCUACAGAUGCUUCGGGAAAACCUGGAGGAGGAGGCCAUCAUCAUGAAAGAUGUGCCCAACUGGAAGGUGGGAGAGUCCGUGUUCCACACCACGCGCUGGGUGACCCCCGUGAUGGGGGAGCUCUAUGGGCUGCGCCCGAGCGAGGAGAUCAUCCGCAACACCUACGGCUUCCUGUGGUACAUGUAGGGGGCCUGCGGCGCUCAGACCACCAGCCCCUGCCGCCUCCCCACCAGGACGGAAUAAAGGCUGUGGAGACGGG